GUUCUCAGUCAAAUUCCUGCACUACACCACUUCACUUGUAAACACUGAGGUGAACCAAAGCGGAUAAAGCCGACACAAACCGAGUCAAUGAAUUCCUGCCACCUGAAUUUUCACCUUUCAUUCACCGGUUUCAUCGACUAAUUAAAGAGGCGGUUGCUAAGAGAUGACAAUCUGUGACAUUGGUUGGAGCCUCUGAUGUAGAGCAGCCUGAAGCUCGACUUCUCCACGAUCUCUUUCCUCCACACCUCUGUCUGUAACGCGGCUCAUGUGAAGGACGCACUCAUAUCAACAGACUCACAGAUACCAUGGCAGCUUUUACUGCUCCUUGUGCCACCAACAACGCCACGACCACCACGGUGGCCCGAACUGCAUGGCAAAGGCAAGGAGGCAGCGACGAGGUGGAUAAAAGUGAGAAUGGGGACGUGGGACAAAACACUAUCGUGGAGAAGACCCAUGAGUUCUUCCAGAUGUGUGACAUCGAGAGCAAGGGCUUCAUCACCCGACGUGACAUGCAGAGGCUGAACCGCGAGCUCCCUCUCAGUGCAGAGGAGUUGGAAAAUGUAUUUGAUACCCUUGAUUCUGACGGCAAUGGAUUCCUCACCCUGGACGAGUUCUCCUCCGGCUUUAGUGAGUUUUUAUUCGGUCAGAAGAUUUCUGUAGAGGAGGGCAUGGAGGAGAAGAACUCCUGUAAGAGCCCGGCUGAGGUCCUGUACCAGAGCCAGUGGGAUGAGAGCCUGGCAAGAGGAGAUGAGGAGGAAGAGGAGAAACACUUCAGCAUGCUUAUGGAGAGCCUCGGAGCCAACCAUGUCUUUGAGGAUCGUGCUGAGGUACGCAGUUUGUGGGCGCAGCUGCGUCGGGAUGAACCUCACCUUUUAUCCAAUUUUGAGGACUUCCUGGCCAGAGUGACAUCCCAGAUCAAAGACGCCAACCAAGAGAAGAGGGAGAUGGAGAGCGCUCUCAAGAGGAAAGCAGCAACACAUGAUGAUGAGAUCAAGCGCCUAUAUGAGGAAAUGGAGCAGCAAAUAAAAAAUGAAAAAGACAGGAUUGUUCUGCAGGACUAUGAGCGCUAUCUGUCUCGUAGUCACGACCUGGAGCUGCAGCUGUCUGCUAAGGAGAAAGAGCUGGAACAGAUCUUUCAGAAACAGAGAAGGUUGGAGCAUCAGUGCCAGGAACUGCACAGUGAGCAACAUGUGACCAAGGUGGAGAACGUGAAGCUGAAGCACACGAAUGACGAGUUAGCACGGGAGCUGGACCACACCAGCCAGGAGCUGAUCUUGGCACAGGAACAGCUGAGUCUGCUGCAGGAGCAGUCCACACGGCUUCACGAGGAGAAGGAGAUUGAAAUAUACAGACUGACGGAGGGACUGCAGCGCGAGCGAGCGAGCCUCCUCAAACAACUGGACCUUUUGAGGGAAAUGAACAAACAUUUACGGGAUGAAAAGGACAUAUCCUAUCAGAGUUCUAAAAAAAUACCAAGUCUGAAGCAGAGGCCUUCAAUCAAUGCUGUGAAACACACAAGUUCAAAUAUCUUCAGAAGUGAGGAUGAAGAGGAGCUGACCACCAGCUCAAUGAGGCACAACCUCGCCAACGUAUCACGCCAGUCCUCUUGCACAGCAGCAGCAAGAGGGCACCUGCAGAGGAUCAUCUCCAUCGAGGAAGACCACCUGCCACACUUACUCCAGACUAACUAUCAGGCUCAGACUCCACUCCAGGAGUGUAGUGAAGGAGAGGAGGCCUCAGACAAUGAGGAGAAUAUAGACUUGGUGAUGAGUGAUAUUUAUCCAAGCACGUCUUCUGCCCAGCAGCAACAGUCGAACGGAGACGUGGAGAAAAGGGAAGCCCCCACGUCUCCGAGGGGUCAGCCUGUUGGCAAGGAGACCAGCAUGAAUGAGGAAGGUGGUCCCUUGGCUCCUGACCGCCUCUUCAAGAUCAUCCUGGUUGGGAACUCUAGCGUAGGAAAGACCUCCCUCCUUCGGCGGUUUUGCGACGGCGCCUUCCACCCUGGCACUUCUGCCACUGUUGGUAUAGAUUACAGUGUAAAGACAAUAGCUGUGGACAACAGCCAGGUGGCACUGCAGAUGUGGGAUACAGCAGGACAGGAGAGGUAUCGCAGCAUCACCAAACAAUUCUUUCGCAAGGCUGAUGGUGUGGUUGUGAUGUAUGACAUCACAGCCGAGCAGAGCUUCACAGCUGUCAGACAGUGGCUGACGAGCGUAAAGGAAGGUGCAGGCGAGGACAUCCCCAUCAUGCUCUUGGGAAACAAAACAGACAAGGAGAUUGAGAGACAAGUUCAGAAAGGAGUGGGCGAAAGACUAGCCAAGGACUGCCAAAUGAUCUUCUAUGAGUGCAGCGCAUACUCUGGACACAACGUGGUGGAGUCUAUGAUCCAUUUAGCCAGAAUUCUGAAAGAACAAGAGGACAGAGAGAAGGAGAAGACGGUCCAGCUGGCCGACGGCCCCUCUGAGAAGAAGAGAACCUGCUGCUAGCAGUUAAAGAGUUAACACAUACACAGUAGCACUACCCUUUACUAAGAUACACAAUGUGAUAGCGUGACCACAUGUGCCACUGAAUGUCAACUGUUUUUCUCGCGGUCUUCCACCCUGUGGCACCUUGUGGCACAACCCAACACCAGAAUGAACUGUAUAUACAUUGUCAUGUGUCACAGAUGUUAUUGCACUAUUAUAAACAGUCUACUCUUUAUGUUUACCCAAGUUGUUUGCAGUUUGAAAAUAACCUCAAAUUGCAAUUUUCUGACGAAAAGUUCGAAGGUUCCUUUUGAGGGUUUGAGAGAUGAACAACAAAUUUAAGUCAAACUGAGACUUUUUUAUUUUUUAAAUAUACAAUGUUGUACAGUCUAACUGUGGCACAAAAUAUUUAUUUAGCUUCCAAAGAUGCUUUAUCUGUCCCAUGUGGGCUUUUUACUAUAUGUAUUAAUAUAUUCAUUCAGUGUUAUGUGUAUAUUCUUUUAGCUUUUUAGCUUCUUCACCUUUUGUAGACAUACACUUGGACACAAUAACACAAACAACUGUAAAAUUUAAUGGGUUAUCAAGCAGCCUUGCAGUAAACACUACCUUAGUGAAGCUAUUUGUGUUCAGGUUGUGGCGAGACUUUAGGGUGUUAAUUUAACUAUUUUAGUGGCAUGAUGCAUUACAGGAUAUUGCAUGGGUGUUUCAGUUAAUUCACCUGGUGAACAAAAUAAAAUAAAUAAAUCCAAAUGUCAGCACUCACAAAUAUCAUAUAUAUCAGUCUUUUAAUAACCCACAGCAGUAUCAUAAACGGACGCGUUUCAGUGCUGAAACGCGACAUUUGGAUUUAUUCAGUUUGUGAGUUUUGGGUCGGCACCCUGUGAUUUUUCAGACGGUGAGUCGAGCACGUCAAUUCUUUUUUUUUGUGAACAAAAUAAAAUAACCAUGUCGCACAGGACAGAAGUGACGUGCUUCUGUCCUUUUCCCAGUGAAUUAACGAAAAUCAUUGUGCAGUUUAAAUAAGAAAAAAAAGGAGAAUUAUAAGCUUCAAAUGUAGUAUUUGUUGCAGGGCUUUCAUAUAUAACAAUAUUUUAUUUUACAGGCGUUUGUGUUAUUUUGGCCUCCACACAUUAUUAUGGUUUUGGUGUUGUUUUUGUUGUAAUUGUACUGAAGGUUGUUAGGCUACCUGAGCAUUUAGCUCAGUUUAAUACAGUUUUAUUUCUCCCCUAUAGACCACAUGAAGUUUAGUGAAGAACUUAUUUAAUUCAUAUCACCUUAUUAUGCCUUGGUGCCAAGUGUUUUAUGAAAAUGGUGUUAUGAUAACAUGUAAAGUAAGUUAUAUAAUCUACGUGUUAUGGGGAAGUUCACAUUUCAAAAGGUUGUGGUAAAAAGUUCCUAUUUUACUCUUUUGAUAUUGCACUAUGGUCACUAAUAGCGCUCCACUACUGCCAGUGUCUUGUACAUCACUUUAAUGUACAUAUAAACAUGUAAAUACAUAAAACAAACACAUAAAUAAAUAAUCGUUCAUG